AUGCACGCCCCCUCGAUUAGCGGGAUGCGUACCGCCAUGCUGAGCGGACGCCUCACCUCCAAGACGCUGGGCCCCUUCGCCCACCCCAGCAGCUGCACCAACCCGUUGUAUCAAGCGCUCUCUCAGACCCGGACCGCAAGCACCUCCUCCAUGCGAGUCCGCAGCACACAGACCCUGAAGCCCACCACAGCUCUGCGUCCCUCGACGACGACAACGCAGCUCCCGAGCUCUCUGGUUCUCCGCCGCGCCAACUCCUCUGCCGCCGCCGCUGCCAAGAGCGAAACCGUCCGUCUCGACUGGGACUCGUUCUUCAAACUCCGCGCUAGCCGCCGCCGGUACUCGCUCGCCUCGUCGAUCGUGAGCUCCCUGUUCACCACGGUCAUUGGUGUGCAGGUUCUCUCGACGCAGGAUCUGGAGUCCCUCGGGGCGCAGGUCAUGGGUCUUGAUCCGUUUGUGGUGCUGGGUAUGGCAACGGCGGCGUGCGGUGCGGCGGGUUGGCUUGUCGGUCCGUUUGUAGGGAAUGCUGUUUGGGGGUUGGUUUAUCGGAGAUAUAAGCCUGCUGUUAUGGUGAAAGAGAAGGAAUUCUUCGACCGCAUUAGACGCUUCCGUGUCGACCCCUCGUCCAACUCCAUUGCUAAUCCCGUUCCUGAUUACUAUGGUGAGAAGAUCGGUAGUGUGCAGGGUUAUCGCCAGUGGUUGAAGGAUCAGCGGGCGUAUAACCGCAAGAGACGUCAUUUCAUCGUUUAG